CACCCCAACACCACCCCUUCCCUCCGCCUCCAAAAAUUUUUCCAAAUCGCGGGCCAAAUCGAAAUCCAAUCGAUCAAAUCCCCACCGCGAAUCUGUGGUGGCCGUAAGUGAAACCUCAAAUCUACCCCGAAUUUCAAAUCCCGCCCCAACGCGAAUUCGAUUCAAACUGGCCUCGCUCUCUCCUCCCCUCGUCCAAACCUUCGCCCUCCUCGCCCAUGGCGUUUCACGUCGCGUGCCCCAUCACAUGCCGGAGGGUGUGCGACUGCGAGCUAGGGUUUGGGGCGGCGGGGAGGGGGAGGGGGGGAGGAUUGGCGGAGGCGGCGGCGGCGUUGGAGGGGUUCCUUGCGGAUCCAUGGCUGCUGAGGCCGGCGGCGGCGGGGGAGGGGGUGGGGGUGGAGGAGGAGGGAGGGGUGGCGACGGUGCAGGUGGAGGUGCCGCCGGUGGAGGCGGCGGAGGAGGGGGAGGAGGAGGCCGGCAGGGCGGCCGUGCUGCGGCAGGCGGCCGCCGCGGAGGACUACGCGCGGAGGCUGGAGGGCGCCGCCGCCGCGGCGUACGGGUCUCAGGAGGAAGGAGAUGAAGAGGACUGGGGCCAAGAAGAUGUGGGCAAUGCUGCUGUCAAGGUUAUGUGUCGUAUAUGCUUUUCGGGAGAAAAUGAGGGUAGUACAAAAGCUGCCAAAAUGCUUCCAUGCAAACUCUGCAACAAAAAGUAUCAUAGAAGUUGUUUGAAAAACUGGGGGGAACAUAGAGAUCUUUUCCAUUGGAGCUCAUGGGUCUGCCCCUCUUGCCGCAGUUGUGAGGUAUGUCGACGACCUGGUGAUCCCAACAAGUUAAUGUUCUGUAAAAGGUGUGAUGGUGCUUAUCACUGCUACUGUCAGCAACCGUCGCACAAGAAUGUUACCCAUGGACCAUACUUAUGUCCAAAACAUACAAGGUGUCACAGUUGUGGAUCUGGUGUACCUGGGAGUGGCCAUAGCACAAGGUGGUUUCUGGGUUACACAUGCUGUGAUGCUUGUGGACGAUUAUUUGUGAAAGGAAACUACUGUCCAGUUUGCUUGAAGGUUUAUAGAGAUUCUGAAGUGAUACCAAUGGUUUGUUGUGAUGUUUGUGAAAAGUGGGUACAUAUUGAGUGUGAUGGCAUCAGCGAGGAAAAAUACCAGCAAUUUCAAUCGGACCAAAACCUUCAGUACACAUGUGGAGCAUGCCGUGGCGAAUGCUCCCAGAUUAGGGACACAGAAGAUGCUGUUAGGGAGCUUUGGAAGAGGCGGGAUGUAGUUGAUCAUGACCUUAUGGCUAGUUUAAGGGCUGCUGCUGCACUGCCUUCUUUGGAAGAUGUCUCACCAUCUCAUCCUAACUCAGAUGAUGAAAAACUUGGUGCAUAUGUAAUGAAAAAUGAUGGUAGAAACACACUCAAAUUCUCUUUCAAAAGCAACAGUACUAAGCCUGCAUUAGAUUCAUCUGAACAAGAGAAGAAUGCUAUCAAGAGCUCAGGGUCAAAUAAGAAGCAUUCCAAGAAGAAAGGGAAUCAAAAUAAUAAAACAGUUAGCGAGCAGGAUGAGAUAUUUUUGGAGAAAAGGAAUGAAACUAAAUCAUUGGGUAGUUUGGGAGAUCAAAUUGCAGAUGUUACUCGUGAUAAGAGUUCAUUUAAAAAUGAUGCCGAUGCGUUUGUGCUGUCUUCAGCUCAAAGUGCAGAGAAGGCUUUGAAAUUACAAUCUGCCAAAGCUGCAGCACAUAAUGCUGAUAUGAUACCCAAAGUCAAGAUUAAAGGAACUAAGGUUCCGAGUUUGCAUUUCAAGGAUGUAGGCGAGGAAAAUGCUGCCAAGAGUGACACAGGGAAAGGUACCAAGUUGGUUAUUCAUAUCGGUUCACGACACAAAAGUAGGAGUGGCUCUCCCAAGUCUGAAAUGUCCAAUUCUCAGAAAGAGCAAGAGCUGGUUUCAAUGCAUGGAGGGAAAGUUGAUGUGACAAGCCAGUUCAAAAGCUCUAGAAGUGAAAUAAAAGAAAAAAGUGUAAUGAAGCUAGUUAGAGAGACUGGAGUACAACAAAAUAGCCUUCUAGGAGAUCUAGGUGCUUCAAAAAAGCAUGCAACCGGAAAAAGGAGCAAUGCUAUAGUUUCUGCAAUGGAAAAUGCAAGUGAAAGUGGUACCAGAAGCAGAUCGUUUGGACAAAAACAAUCUGUUAAUCAUCUGACUGAGAACCAGGGGAAUGCUUCAUUUUCUGUGAACAACUCUCCUGACAGCUUGAAGCCAUCAUUGCUCAAGCUUAAAUUUAAACGUCCAAUUUUUGAGCAGCCAAGCACUCAGUCUUCUCAACCAGAGGAGCCGGGCACCUGGGCUUCACCGCAAGAGGAGUUAAAUGUUGCUAAAGGCCAGAGAUCAAAGAGGAAGAGACCUUCAUUAGACAAGAUGGAUGGUUCGGAAAGUAAGGCUCCAGCUGCCAAGAGACAUGAGCAGAGCACAGGAGAAGAAGCAAUGGAUGCGAACUGGAUCCUGCGCAAGUUGGGCAAGGAUGCGAUUGGGAAGAGGAUUGAGGUCCAGCUAGCUUCUGAUGGCAAAUGGCAUCAGGGGGUAGUCUCGAAUGUAAUCAAUGGCACUUUGUGCCUUCAGUUAGAUAAUGGUAGGUCUGAGAACAUAGAGCUGGGAAAGCGGGCAAUCCGCUUGAUAGCACAAAGGUCAAAGAGCGGAAAGCGAUGAACCCAUUUUGCGCCUGCCUCCCUGUUCUUGCUCUCAGUCAACUUCCUGCCACCAGGGUAGUAAGCAGACCUCUCCAGGCUCCAGCAUUUGGAUCGUCGCAGUCUCUGAUUCAUGGGAGAUUGGGAGGUCUGAAGGUCUGCCGUUCUUGCUGCCUUAAGCUGACUGGAUGAGACGUAGAAAUGCAACAUCAUCCGUUGCGCGGUGUCUCACUAGCCUAGCAUGUAACAGACUAGUUUUUUUUUUUGUCCUGCUGCAUGAAGCGCAUUGGCUUCAUUUUGACUUCUGGUAGUGUAGGAACAAACAACUGGGAAGGCUUUUUAGGGGCCACCCUGGAUGUAGAAGAAAUGCCUGAUGAUGGCCAUGUACAUGUAGCUGUAGCUGCUGAAUGAGUUCUUUUUUUUAACCAGUUUACCCAGAAUUCCCUGUGAUGUGUGGUGUGUUAGCUCAUCAUCUGUUUGUAUGUUUGGGAUACUGAUGCUACGGCACACUGAGUAGUAACAUUUUGCUCCUCUGCAGAAGAGGAUCCGUGCAUGUGCAGUAAGAAUGUAAGAUCCUUACACAGCAAGGGUUCAGGGGUUCAUCAGCAAUCAAAUAUUAUUAGAGGUGCUUAAGAACCUGAA